AUGGCACAGUUGGUGAGUAUUUAUAUUCGAGCUAACAAUAUGGUUUUAGAUCGGUUCGCCCCGGCUAUCCUUGCCUACUUUUCCGAGCAUGACGAAGAGGUAAAGUGGAGGCACCAUUUACAGAUACUGAUGACGCUUUCGAUUACAAGUGCUGCUAUGAAGUGCGUAGGAGGUUUGCUGGGGACGAAAAUUGACUUCAAAAUUCCUUUACUCUUUUCGACACUUUUUACAAGGUAGGAUUACGCUGUCCAUUUUUUCAGUGAAGACCCCAUUGGUAUAUUUGAUUCUUUCACUGGUUUCCUAGUAAAAAGGCAUCUAAGGAAGCGGUCAAUAAUUUACCACAACUCAAAAGAUGAUGACCAAAUCUGAAAACAGUGUCAGAUGAUUGAAUGUCCCUAAUGAUCAGUAAAAAGAAAUAUUUAAGAUGUUUUAUUGACUGAGCGCUAAUAUAUUCUGCCCAGUAAGAUCAGACCUUUACUGAAAACAGUCAUUAGCAUUUCUAACAGACAAUAAAUGUUCAUCCAGUCAAACGACACUCUAGAUAAUUUUUAGGAGAGCAAAUGCCUCUUCCACUUCAGCAUGUGCAUAAUUCAAACGGGAACGUUUGAAAUGAAAUAGAGAAAUAUAUAAGCCAAACUCGUUAAUAAUCACAUAAAAUGUUCAGGUAACGAGACAAUCUGCAUGUUUGAAUUCAAUCAGCUGGGUCAUACAUUGCGACACUUGGCUGCCACAUUUCAGAAACUUGAUUGUUCGCAGAAGAAAAAACGCUCACGGGGUCUGCCAAGGGUAGAUUUUGAAACAGUGAUUUAUAUCUAGGAGGCAAAAGUUCAGCUUUGCGCUUUCGGUUUUCUAGUUACUACAGAAAAGUGAAAGCAAACCCUCUUGCACAGUUAAGCAACCGGUGCGAGUCCGUACUCCAGGUAGCCAACGAGAUGCCGAUGAUAGUGCCGACCGCAUCGCCAACUGACCGGGGGCGUGUAAAGCAGGGUUUAAUGAUGCACCAUCGAGUGCAGGAUAAGCGCAAUAGUUAUGGAUUCUGUCGAUGAUUUGGUCUUCACUAAGUGGUCUAGGCCAAAUUCUACCGUUCCGGUCAUGCAUGUACGCCACUCGUUCGCACACCGCCAAGGUGCUAAAGGCAACGCUAGUUGGCUAAUUUUUCCUGGCGGACCUUGAUACGAAACUAAACAGCAUAAGUAUUCAGCUAUAGCUGGCGAAGUUUAUAAAAGUGUCAAAAUCAACCAUCACAAGCCUUGCAUACGACGAAAUAGGAGUGAAUGGCACAGCUUGAGGAGAAACAGCCGAGAGAAAGAAGGGAGAGGACAAACAACGAUACACUGAUAAAGUCGAUAGUCGGUUAUUCUUUAUGUUAACUUUAGAUAAUUUGGUCAGAGAAUUAAUCAGUCCAAAACAUUCUGAUCCGCGAUUGACUGAUUAACCGGAGUCUGCCGUUUUUGUAAUGCUAGUUUAAUCAGACCUAGAUUUUGCAGCUCCCUAAAACGGUGUCACCUGUAUCAUGCAGUCGACGGACACAUCCCCAGAAAAUGCGGUGCAGUUGAAUUUCUAGCCCUGAAUCCCAAAAAAGGCCCAGAGUACUACCCGACCCAAACUUAGCUCUGCCUGCUGACAUUGUAAAAUUGCUACCACGCAGAUGACACAAAAGUGCAGGAAUAAGAAAAGACGAUUUCGCAAAUGAGACCCACGUCAUAUCGACCGAGCGCAUGAUCAAGCUAUAUGAGGCGGCAGGUUUUACCACCUCGUUGGCAGGUGUCCCUGAUUGAGUGAGGAUUUCCGCAUUAGAAAAGUCCGCAGAUGAAAGCCACGAUGUUCUGCGGAAACAACCGUUCUCACAAAUCUCAGCGGUCAAUCAGAUGAAACUUCUUCCGCUGCACCUCACGGCAAGAUCACGGAGUAUAGUCGGUCAGUGACACAAAUGACCUGAUUCUCUCGCCUUCUAGAAUAAGUAAGGUACAUUUACCCUGCCUAAAAUCGUAGAGGACUUUGUUUUUCCAGGCGUUAAAUUAUAGAUCACAUUUGUUGGAGCCAACAACCACUCGUAAAGGACAAGUUGCGUUUACCAAAGGCAUUUUCAGACAGGGGGAUGUAAUCGGAGAGGAUAAGUUUUAAUCCUACCUCGAUCCUCGUGCGUGUAGAGUACUGUUGCUGGAAUCCAAUCUGCAAAAUAGUUAGAAAGCAGUUUGAGGGUUUAGGGUUAGAUGCUAGGCUGGGGCUUAUCUGCUGCAGGUACGGCUACGAAAUAGGGUUCGACCAGCACAACUAUUGGAACGUGCCAAAGUCAGUUUUAGAUAUGAAGCAGUGAUCUCGGCUUUAAUUGAUCAACAAUGCUGUGAAUACUAAAAAACAGGCGUCUACACCCGGCGAAAAAUAUUCCUGGGAUAUAUCACCUCCUGCGGCCCUAUUUUCACUGCCCCGUUUGGCAGACAUUUACAAUGAAAAGCUGCUCAACGUUCUCAUUGCUAAAGGGAAUCAAAGUCCAAAGAGGUGUAACGGGAAAUGGUAGAACAAAACAGUCAAUGAGAAAAAUCACAAAGAUUUCCAGGUCGAACACGGAAAUAUGGAUCUUCAGUACUAAAGACAAUGCCUUACAACUACCUGACCAUAACCCAUAACCCUCCUAGCUCUCACCGUAACUGUAAUUUCCACUGGAAUCUGGGGCGAGACCACCCGUAAUAUGACAUCGUAGUCCAUAUUCUCGUGCCUAGCCUGAAUUCAUUCAAACCAGAAUAUUUGACUGCGAAUGAAAUGAUAAGUCAGGCUUGUCCUGAGCACGGUUUCUACGAUUGCUCAAUAUCUUAACCAGUAAAAUUUAGAAAAAGAAAUGACAACAGGAAAUCCCUUCGUUUCAUUGUCUUUAAAUCUCAGCAAUGUACCGGAGCGUAGUUAAAGUGGCGCUUUUCCGACCAAAAAUAUUGCUCACUUUACCAAUGUGCCACAAGUUAGAACAGACAUAGUUUAAAGUUGAUUAGGAAACAGCAUCUAAGGUCAUGUACGUAUAAAUACUUAAGCUUGGUGCACUGCGCUUACGCUUUUUGACCGAAAUAUCUUUUAGCUCAUUGGCACCUGACUCUAGAUAGGAAAGGGUAAAGGUCUAGAGUGCUGCUUUAGACGGGAUAUAUGGGGCAUCCAAGCAAGACGUGAGUCCUGUAGGAGUGACAGGACGCACUGCAGGCCCUAGUGUACAUCACAUUUGCUCCGUCAGGCCUUCAGCUGGCACCCGGUUCUAAUCUGUAGCUGCAUGAAGCUGUGCUCCGCGCGGCGACCAUAUGCUGUCAACUGUUUUGACCGACGGGGUAAGCCAGGUGAGCGGUAAUCGUAUCAUUGCAUACAUGGAUGACAGUGAGACCAUCGCGAAUGAUGAUAUCCAACAAGUGCACCACGGCAGGAUGGGCUUAGGGACGAUGACUUGCACAUGAAUUAAUUUACGUUGAUAGUAGAGUUGCGGGGCAUCCACUACAUUCUCGCCUCCCUCACCCAUCAGAGCCUGGCGACAAGACAGAGUCAAGGAGACCGAAGACCAUCACAGCCUGAUUCUACGAAGUGAGAGGACCGAGUCAUAUAUUCAGUUUCAGUCUUCUAAAUCAAGAUUUCCACGCCUCGAAGUAGUUUAGAAAUUCUUCGGACCGUUUGGAUGGAAAUACCUUCGUGACAGAGAAAUCACCGAUGCUGAAACGUGGGAGUGAACAUUUCAUGUGCGUCCUAUAUCGUGCAUCUGUAAUGUGCGAGUAUAAUAUCGACAGACAAUCUCAUAUUGAGUCCAACGAUGACCUCGGGCGCCUGCCAUCAUGCAGCAAAUGAUCAAAGCGGUGCAAAAGGGUGUCAACGACAAUCUCUGACUGUUGGCUCAAUUUCAGUCGUAAUCUAUAAAUAGGAUGGUUCGCAACAAAAGAACAAUCUUAUCUCAGUGCUACAGGGGGUGUUGUGACGGGGACGGGGAUGUAACUAUAGUUCAUUUAAACAAUAACUAAUGAGCCCAGUUCCUCUGCAACAAUGAUCAGGGAUCUACUUUUUCGAUAAUACUCACAAACUCUUCUCUCGAAUACUAAUCCCUCACCUGAGCUUACUCGCGGGAGGAAGGCGUCUUUUCGAGAGUCAGUGCUACUUUCGAAAAAAGUGGUGCAAUGGCAGGGCGAAGGACCCCAGUUUGCUGUCGUAGACCGCGGAGCGCGUGGUAUAUGUACUUCAGAAAUCUAGUUAGAUACUGAUAGCUGGCAGUUGUACCCAAGAGCGCAGAAACAAAAAAACGGGAAUCAACUGAGCAUGAACUGAGGGAUAACAGAAAUUUCGGUCAGGGGAUAAGAUCAGUUGCUCGAUAGCCUGCAAUCUUUCAAGAUAGAAUGCCAUGGAAUAUCAAGCUGGACAUCGUUUCUGCAUGUAUUCAUCAUUUUACUCGAAAGAAUCUUUUUAGCCACCAACUGUCUUCCGUGUUGUCUUGCAUUCCGCAAGCCUACUGCCAAACGUGCUGCCCACCCGCAAAGUCCCCAUAACCACUCUUACCGUGUGACACGAUCCACAAUCUGCCGGAAAUCUAAUUGGGGUCCUUCGCUCUACUGUUGGGAGUGCCUACACUCACAGAAACAAGAGCCAGCCAAUCACUAGAGGCCGCGCGCGUUUUCCUCUAGCGCGCUGUCAGCAUGAUCGUCGCGCCUCGCCAUUGGCCGCUCCCCUCGAGGCUGCUCGAUCCGUGUGUGAUAAAAGUGCAGUGCUCACCGGAUCAAGGGAAUUUUACUGCUGAUGUUUCGGAAAGCUUGGCCAGCUUUCCAUAGUUAAAGCGUUUGAUGAAAAAAUCGACCAGAAUUUUGAAUAAACGGCCGAAUUAAUUGGAUUUUUUCGUUUCCUUGUCCCUCUGACCAUCGUUUGUGAUUGUUGGUGGUCUCCUGUGUUGUGUACCGUCACCGCAAAUGGGGUUAGUUGCGUUUAUGUCUCUCCUUUUGAGUGAAGUAUUCGACGGGCCGCGUUUGCUCGGUAUUAUUAAGUUCCGCGUGACCGUCUUUCCUGGCGAUGGCGUAUGUAAUGACGUAGGACCUUAUAGGCCGUAGAAAGGUCUAAAUGCCUGUUGAUGGAGUUGGCCUCUGAGCACCAAGCCUCAAGUGUGAGACGUUCUGUUCUUGAGGUGCCCCGGCCUAAGACGGCUGCUCUAUGAAAGUCAAAACUGUGGCCAGUUUCACCGAUGUGAGUUGCAAGCUGUGAGUUUGGGUCUGGUCUCCGAGUUGCCAUUUUGUGCUCAUGUAGGCGGGUCUGCAAUUUCUAUCAGAUUUCCCCAACUAGUUGCAGUCUCCAUCGUUACAACGUAUUUGAUAGACAACUGCUGAGGUUUCAGUGGGUGGCAAUAUGCCUUUGAGUUUCAUCAAACGGCGACGAAUUGUUAUCUGGUGUCGAUCGUCAGCGCCAACCCUGGCGGGUUGUAACAGUCGGGAAAUCACCUCCGGGACUCCUUUACUGUAAAGAAUGGCCCUCCAGGCUUCGGGUUGUUCUUUUUGUGACCGUUAUCUGUUCACUCGGCGCUUUAUUUGCUUGAUAAAAUAGCUUGGGUAUUCAUUGGCCCAAAAGAGGUCGUUCACCUCUUUUGUCUGCUGGUGUGCUGCAGUGUGUUUCAACUCUUUGGCAUUGAGUACGGACACAGCUGCGUUUGUGCGAGAGAGGGUGAUUGAUGUUGAAGUGCAGUAUUUGCCCUAUUUUGGUAGUUUUCCUGAAAACAAUAGUUUGCGAUUGCCCUGGAUCCGGUGAGCACUUCAUUUUUCUCAGAUUAUCAACCCAGAUCUCUUACGUUUGCUGACCUGUGAUCGAGCCGUGUAUGCGAUUAAUCGAUCAGCUCGUCUAGAAUCUUCUUAUCGAAGUGUAUUGGGUCGAGUGCAGGCGAGCUCCUGUAGGAUGUUAUAAAUACGCGUGACUUUUCCCGUUAAACUUGACUUGCGGUUUCCUAAUACACUUUUUCGUGGCCGGCCGUGUUCUCCGUCUCUGCGGCGUUGGUAUUAAGGACAAGAGUCGAGUGCGCAAACGCUCCGCGUGAUUUCAAGUACCAGGCAGGGUCAUAACAACUUGGCGCCGCAGUUUUCCACUACAGUGGUUGACGGGUAUGCCGUUUUGAAGCAGAUACUGCAGCAGCAGCUGAAGCUCAUGGAGGCUCUGACCUUCAAGCUAUCCAAUUAAUCUAUGGGCUAAUCAAGUGCGGCUGGUGGUUCGCAAUCCGUCGAUCACAUUGCCGGCAGCAUCACUGAAUUCUUAUAUGACCUGCAGGCCCAUAUCACUUUUGAUUCCUGGGACAACCGAUUCGAGGACUUGUCCUCUGUCGAUCUGGAUGCCCAGAACAAUACAUGGAAGGUAAGACUCCUACUCCGCAAUCUGGGUCUGGCUGAACACGAGCGUUAUGCUAACUUCGUCCUCCCUAAGAAACCCGAGAGGUCACUUUCACGGACACGGUGCAGACUUUGUCGCAUAUUUUCUGGCGAGUAGUCAUCCCUGUUCAACAUACAAUUUCAGUGCCUACAACUGUGCAAACGAUAUUCCGAUGAUUUUAUCACGUAUGCGGACAUUUCCAAUCGUGAGUGUUGGCGUUUUCAGCUCGGUUCUCUCACUGAAAACCAGUUUAAAUGCCUCAUAUCUAUCUGCGGCCUCCAGUCCCCCAAGGAUGCUGAUAUCCGGUCGAAGGAAAUGAGUUAUCACAACGAAGACUUUAGACGAAUAUGCUCUUUACCGAACAAAACAUAUUUACCAGAAAGUUUUCCUACACGAAGAUUUUUCUUAGUGCUUUUCUCGGAUGAUUAAGAAUGUCAUCAAUCGUGCUGCACAAUACGUUUAAAGAACAAAUUGAAAAGUUUCCCCUUCCGCACAUUUACCUGACUGGUAGUGACAAAUGUUAUUUGACAUAUAAGAAACUCUUUCGCCUGCCUACUGUAGGGCAGCUUUUGUCAUAGUCCGUUAGGUUAAGGUCGUAUUCGUUAUUUUAAAUGCAGUACAGAGUGGAAUUAUGCGUGUUAAGAUAUUUGCCAAUCUCUGAAUUGCGUAUAAGUGGAUAGUGAACUACACAAAGGCAGUCUUAGCAUGCACAUCCCAUAUACGUGCCGGCCAUUUAAAAAUGUUUCCUGAAACUACCUGUCUAUGCCAGCGCAGAAAAACAAAGAAUUGUCUCCUCGUGACUUUACCGUGUUUCUGCGCAACAUCAUACAGAUUAAAAAUUAGUAAUCUUCGAAAUUAGAAGCAUCCUUGCUUACUUUAAAAGGAUGCUAUUGUCCACAGCCUGUUUAAUCUGGUAUGCGUGGACGAAAAGAUUCUUUUAAAUACGCGAAAUAAGUCGUUCUACCACGGAUAAAUGAUAGUCGACGGAAUAAAACGCGCAAACAGACUAACAAGUACCUACUGUCACUUGAACGAGCCAUCCUCUUAGGUAAGGGAAUAAAUAGAUAGUCCGCUUGAGGAAAUCUGAUGGUAGUCUUGUUACCGACAGCCAAUCAUGGCCACGCCUGGCGACCUUCUUCAGGACCCCAUUAUGUCAAGGUCGUUUGUUUCGCUGCGAGCUGUUACGGACAUGCUAACCUAAGCCACCCGGCCGACUUCAACUCGGACACACCCGAGUCCACAGGGUCGCAGCUGCCCAUGCUCCGAUUUAUCACGCCAGCCCCCGCGAACACAACAUAAGCCCCUUGAACACUACAUUUCUGCCACUAAAACGCACACCAGUCGGAAACCACUUGCGCUUGGCCCACAAACCUACAAAAGCCGCUGCUAUCACUGUCUCACGAACUCUCACGAAUGACUGGGUGCCGUCAGCACUAGCUCUUUCCUCUCCAGAGGCCAAAACCGUCUGAGAGAACAACACAGGUUUCUGCAAACAAUGAACCCCUUAAUUUGGUGAUUUGCAUCUUUUACCACAACACGAGAUUUGGUUUGAUGAUUGUAACAUUCCGAGUAUACUCUCGCUGCUUAGCCGUUACGGUCAAAAACUGUCUACAACGCCCAGGAUAAUCCUUCGACUAUUUUGAUGUCAGUUGGUCUCUAAAACGGACCAGACGGUAGAUGCGCUCGGCCGACACAAGGACUAGAUCGGAGUCUGACAGGUGUUACUGAGAAUGCGCAUCCAUAGCAAAUGCCAACAUUCGGGAUGCGCUGGCACGUCCAGUUGCAGACCCUUGUCGCGCCAAUCUGGAUCGGAACCGCCCCACCUUUUCUUGGUAUGCAAAAUUUUCGUCAGUGUGUUGUGGACCAGGGGGUGUGAUGGUACGCCAACGUGCGGGUUUACGCCAUGCCAGCCACCUGCGCCCCCUCACACCUCCAGUCUUCUUGAAUAUGUUUUGAUACCGGGACCAGGUGGGGAAGGAGGAGAGAAUGCGGUUGAUGCUGCGCGGGUCUACUUUCAUUAUAAACUAACUCACGCGCAGGUCAUUGUCUCUGCUCUCACCCUGCCGUGCAGUACACAGUAGACAUCGUCGACAACAACGAACUGUCGGAGGUCACUGAUCGCGUUUUCCCAGUUGUACAAUGUAUGAUAUGUUGAUGGUUAUGGUUAUCAUGUUUUUAAAAAUUUCCUAAUACCCAAAUAAAUAGUCCGGUUAAAAAAACGAAGUCGUUACCAGAAAAAGUGUGCAAGGUUAGCUUUGUUAUUUAUGCAAUUUAGUUGAUGGUAUUUCUUCAUUUUGCACUCACUGGACCAUGUAUUCUGGAUGAUUUCCUGCCCGUCACCAUGCUGACCAAAAAAAGCUAAUUUUGCUGUUUCAUCAGUGUCCUGAUGAAUAGUCUUACACAAUCUCUUUGCGGGCCUGAAGGCGAGAAUUUGUGGAACAACGUAAACUUCUCUCAAAAGUCCGCGAUUUGCAUUCCAAGUUUCUGAUUCUGCACCCUUUCGGUAACUUUCAUUAUAGCCUUGGAAUCGUCCUCUCGCAUCUGUCUGUGAAGGGGACUCCAAUCUUCUUCGUUAUUACACAUGGAGUCAUUUGCGGAAUAGGUAUUGGCCUAAGCUAUACUGUCACCAUAUGGGUCAUCCUCAAGGUAAGCUCAGUCUGCUUGCAUUGAAUAACCUGAACGUUUGACAGUGGUACCAGAGUAACCCCCACUUGGCUACUGGAGCCCUACUAUGUGGUACUGGACUCGGAUCCAUUUUGUUUUCACAAAUUCAGAACAACAUCGUGAAGCCAAUGCAAUGUUUAAAAGACUCAGGGUUAGUGCACACAGGUUUCACAUUGUAAUACCGAUGUUUCAUUGCAUAUUUGAACACGAAAAUUCUGAGCCGCCUACACUGGAAAAUGUAAUACUUACUUAACCAGUCGUCAUCAGAUGUAGUUAAAGCAAACCUGACGAGGCUGAGUUAUGUAAGUAACGUUUACUUUAAUUUAGCCUUAGAGAGCGGUUCAACUUAAGACUAUUUAAAUCAAUCCAGAAAUUAAAGUAAAGCAUAAACUAACUGAUAGCUAUCAACCGAAUCGCCAGCAAACGUUACAUGUAACUUAUUGUCAGAUUUUUAGAUUCAUUAUUAUUUUCGGAAGAAGACGUCUACUGCUUAUUCCCUGAACAAGGCAAAUCGCGAUAGGAUAUAAGUUUUCACCAUACAAACUAUCGCUACCUUAAUUGUAGCACACUUUCUGAAUGUCCAACAAUUCUCAAAGUUCCUUCCGUCUUCGUGAUCAUCGGUUCAAUUGGAUUUACGAUUCAACUUUUGGGGAUCUCACUGAUGAGAAGAAAAAAGGUAAGCUGGAUUAGAUCGAAAUGGAGGAGUUGGUGGUUUUUUCAUUAUUUCAUAAAAAGAGGUUUAGUUGGCAUUCCAUAACUUGUUAAAAGCAAAACUUAGUUCCCUAAAAAUUUGAGCUGACGAGGUGAAUCACUUCUAAAGAAAUGUUUAAUACGCAAAAAACGAAGGACCUACUUUACGAUAUUUGUAAAAGUAUAGCUCAAUAUCUGCGUUUGCAGCGGGUGCGAUAGUGGCGUGUCCCGUGUCCGCAGUCAGUCAGCAGUGCCGCAGUGCGCGGAUUGCUAUCAUGCAGGGAAAUCGGAGCAGACUGAAAGUGCGAAACGCCUCAGUAGUUUCUCUACGAUAAUCGCGUCGUAACGGACUUACCGGGCUGGCUUUAAACGGACGAAUUUUCUUAAAAAACUCAUUUCUAUCCUUUAAAUUUUGGUUAACCGGUCGACAGAAACAAAAUAGUAGAGAUUUCGCGUAUGAGUUAGUUUAGCGGGCGAGAAGGUCUACAAAAGAUCAUAGCUGAAUUCGUUGCGAAUAUUUGGUAUGGGGUUGGAGAAAACUUGAAAAUGACCACGAGGCUCUUCAGAUAGUGAACCCAUGUUUAAAUGAAAUAUCUUUAUUGACACGGGAAUACGGAAUCCUCAGUACUAUAAGUGGCCUGAUGCUACAUUCCAGGGGCUUCCUAUCUCCAUUUCCUAAAGUUAGCCCUAACUGUGACCCUGGUACCUACACUAACCAUAAUCCUCCAAACCCGAACUCAAUAGAUAACGCCAGAGUUCAUAUCCUAGCACCCCCAACCAAAACCCUAGCAAUACGCUUAACUCGAACGUUCUUUUGACUUUUGGGACACGGCAACCUGCGAUAUGGGAGGUCCAUAUUCUCUUGCCAACCGUAUUUUCUGUCAAUAUUUACGCGAGAGUCCCCGGGGCGUAAGGGAAGGUUUCGCAAGGACCUUGUUGGCAGACCUUUGACGUAGCCAUUAACUCAUGGGGCGGAAGGUAUGCGUUUGCGAGGGCGAAUCUUAGGUUAUUGACGUUCAUCGGGGAAGUAUGCAGAAACAUUGCUAGCAUGAAAUAAAGUAAUUAAUUUUAUUUUGUGCCAUCUUGAAAUAGGUUCUUGUACUCCUGAAAACAAUAGCCGCAUAUGCGAGAGUAACAUGCAAGUAAUGUUAAUGCAAGUAUCUCUGUGGCAUCGCACUUCGACUUAAAAGUCCCAUUUUAUUUCUAGCUGGAUCAAGGAAUCUUGAGAUACACAUGAAACUAUGUCUCUGCAGACAUUUUGAUCUCUGAAGGCAGUGACAUUCUUACAUAAACACAUUAACCAGUAAUCAGGUAGGAGUAAGUCGCACAGGUCAUUGCCGUUUUUAGCAGAAAAGAUAAGACUAUAAUUCUUAGGCGCCACUCUGCGUGGAGUCAAAUGAUGACUUACCCAACAGAAGAAAACGCGUAAAAUGCACUCUUUGUUAUACAAGAUAUUUGUGAAUAUUCUUUUGCUUAUUUUCCGUACUAACAACAAAGGCUGAAAGGCAUUCUUGAAUGGAGGCGCAUAUGUGAAUCCCAGAUUCUUCGUAAAGAUACUUGAGAUCGCUUCAGUCCACGUAUAUAUUUGGCAAAAAAAUUAGUUGGUUUCAGCUUCCGUCUAAAUAGAAAAACAUAUGUAGGAAGUGAGGGGCAGGAACAUAGUAGUGACCCUUCUUUUAUUUGCGAUUGGCGUCCAGCAAAGUCAUAGAAUUGCGGCCCGAAGUUAUGUAACAUCCUAACGUUUGUAUGUUUUUGAGGGCCCGACUUCCAGUCACAGUUCACGUCUAGGCAAACGCGACGACAGAAAAGUGACAAUUUAAUGACAUUUUUGUGGCCAGGUUUAAGAGGACAAAACAGGUCCGCCAAAACUCCCAGAACAAUUGUGAAGAAUACUUGGUAAUAAACGAACUUCGAAAUCCCAGCCCUACUUUCACCAGGUUGGGCUUUCAAAUUAUCAAAUUAGUUGUUAAGUAAGAGGCAAAUUUUAUAGGUUUAUUGACUGCACUUUCAAAUUAAAGGUCCGAUAAACGCACCGUUUUACUUUUCGCGAUUAUUCCCUGGCCCUUAUUAAAUGCAAGCGCAGAAAAUGCCCCUCCCAUCAAUGUCAUUUUGACAUACUUUUGUCUCAAACUAUUGCUAUACGCGAUAAAAGUUUAAAAAUGUAAAGGUCAAGAGCUCUUAUUCUGAAAGUCAUUCAUAUGCUUCAAAUAAUUCAAGUUCCUCCUUAGGAAGAAUUCAGUGCUGUGGAACUGGACUCAACGGAAGAGGGAUAUGUGUACGUAAAUAUUUUUAGUUAAAUUGAAUUGAAUUUAGUUAAAUUGAGUGCGAACAAAAUUAAAAAAGGAAGAACGAUAAAAUGAAAUAAAAUUCCUCAGAAUACGUGCGCACAGUAACUUUGGCCACCAUCUAGGCAAUUACACAUCACAUUUCCAUAAUAAAGAAAGUCCAAUUUUUUGGAGGUCUGCGUCAAACCUGCUUAAUUGUUAGAUUACCAAAAUUAGUUCGCGCGCUUGCUUUUCAAAAACAUCGUAUUGGAUUCACGUAAUCUUCGUCGUGUUUUGCAUAUGCCUUUUAAAACCCGUUAGAAAUUUGCGCCUUCUUAUGUAUGUGGUUUAGAAGAACGUUUAUAAAUGAAAUUCAGAUGAAGUACGGGCGACAUCUAAUGCACAUCGUACGGCACGUGAUACGGUGAUGGAGAGACAACACAGAAUUCCCACUGAGAUGAAAUCACAUUCCAUUGUCAACAGACAACGGAAAUGUCUUCGGUCGAUUAACAUCUGGGAAAACAAACUGUCUAUGACUGUUCCUUCAUGCAGUUAAAAGUGAACGAAUGAUAUCCCUAGAUGUAAGCCCGUAUCAAUCGAUUCCUCUACUAGAGUCUAUAGCAGCUGUUAGAAAAUUGUCACUAUAAUACGUGGAACACUCUUCAACCAUUUAUUUAGAAAGUUGCACUCUAAACCGAAAGUAAAUUUUAAAUCCAAUGCCUUUUUUCCAUCCAAUUCUAUUUAACAGCAGCAGUAAAUACAAAAAUAGAUUAAUACGCACAGUGGCCUUUCGUUUGUUUGGGAGUGGUCGUUGGGAAUUUAUAAAUGUCUGACGUCAGGUCAACGUUUCAAGCCUCGUUUUCUUGCUAUGCAUAGAAGCAAAAUUUCUGAACGCAGCCAGCUGAAGUUUAUGCAAACGUAACAGCAGGCAUUUAAUAUAGCCUCUUAACGAAAAUGUUUUAGUUUCUAAAACAUUUUACAUGCAGAAUUUGUCGCAAAUUCUUUGGCUUAGAAAAGUAAUUUUACAGACAGAGUACGUUAUCCGCAAUAAGAAUAAUAUUUUUCCUGCUUUUGAAGGUGAGAUAAAACGUGGAGAACUGAGGAGGGAAACUAUUCUCUUAAAUAAACAUGGUCAUGCAUUUCAAUAUCUUUUUACAACAGAGCAUUAUUUCAUCAACAGUGCGUGACCUAUCUCAUGAAAUGUUGGCUGAAAUUUUGAAAUGCGAUUUCGAUUAGGAAGUAUUACUUGGUUGCGGUUGUGAUACUGAUUAUCUUAAGGCAUACUCUUAUAACAUUUUGGACUCGGCAGGAUGUCGGCUUUUAAAUGCACUUCUUUUCAAUCUCCUGUAGAAAGCGUGCUCGGUAAAAGAUGACUACUUAAGUAGCAUGCAUUUUUCUUAUAGAUUUUCGAUGGUCUUGGAAAUUCAAAUAUAUUUUAUAGGAACCACAAACAAAAUAAGCUUUUUUUAGUCAAUCAAUAGAGAAUUACGUCCCCUUUGUAUUUUAUACUUAAGGAAGGAGUAUAAUUAGGUUUUUAAAAAGUUUUCUCAUUGCCGAAAAAUUUGGAGCUUGAUCAUUCGUUGCAUUAGCGCUUAGUAAUUACACUCUACAAGGUGCAUCCUUUCCGCGUAAAGAAAAUGCCAUAUUUUUCCAUGUCAUUAAAGAGAUAUCAUACAGGGUCCAUAACAUUUUGCAAUGGAUGCGGACCAUAUUGUACACUUCAUGAGGAGCAGUGGUAAACGGCCAGGUACGUUGCUAUGUAAAUGGACAUAUCGCGGUCUUAAAAAUUCUCAUAAUUAGAAACUUUUUAAAAACCUAAUUAUACUCCUUUCUUAAGUAUAAAAUACAAAGGGGACGUGAUUCUCUAUUGAUUGACUAAAAGAAAGCAUAUUUUUGUUUAUUGUUUCUAUAUAGUAUAUUUGAAUUUCCAAGACCAUUGAAAAUCAAUGGGAAAAAUGCAUGCUACUUAAGUAGUCAUCUUUUACCGAGCACGCUUUCUACAGGAGAUCGAAAAGAAGUGCAUUUAAAAGCCGACAUCCUGCCAAGUCCAAAAUGUUAUAAGAGUAUGCCUUAAGCUAAUCAGUAUCACAACCGCGACCAAGUAAUACUUCCUAAUCGAAAACGCAUUUCAGAAUUUCAGCCAACAUUUCAUGAGAUGGGUCAUGCACUGUACCUUUAAUACAUCAAGUAAGAAGGAAAAAACUAUGCUUUUUCGUAUGCGCAAUUCCAAAAAGACGAACGUUUUGUGUGACUAUGCAGAAUCUAGGCAAGGUAGGAAGGAUUUCACUACAGUGCUUAUAUGCAGGCAAACCAGAAUUACUAACCAGCUCUUUAGGUUAAAGCAGGAUGUCACAGUUAGGUCCAGCAAGUCCCGCUAGCAACGUUGCUUGUUAAUUAAAUAUUAGUGCAUCCGACUUUGGGCUUCGUUAGUACUGGCGCCAGUUUCAUCAUAUCGUUGGCAAAAUCAUUUCACCAUGAGUAUAAAGUUGUCCUUAGAAAUGUAGAGAUAUGAAUCAGGUGUAGAAGUUAGAUUGAAACUAAGUCUCUUUAAGUUGUUAGUUUUUUUUAGAGAAGCGAUGAAAGUCGUCAACAUAUGAGAUAUUACAGUGAUGUUGAAAACUAACGCCCAUUUUAUACGAGCAAACAGAAGACCUACGAUGUUAAAAGACUGCAUGGGGUAGUUGAAUGUCAGAUAUAGAUCAAUAGACUGAGUAGACCAGCCAAUGGACCAUACAGUUGAUGUGCUAACUCAUGAAAUGUCAACCAAAUUAUACUCUUCUUUUGAGUAUGAAUUUGGAAGCAGACGUGAUUUGCUACCGAAUAAGUAAAAGAAUGAAUAUUUUUAUGCGUGUUUUCCAUGAUAAAUAUAAUUGAAUUUUCAAGGGCAUCGAAAAUCAAUGAGAAAAUUGCACGCUACUUAAGUAGUAAUUUUUUGCAGAGUAUAGAUCUCGCAUGCAGCCGAAAAUAAGUUCUUUCGAAAGCCGACACCCUGAGGUAACUGGAUCAUUAUAGACUUAUGCUGCAUCAUGUUUGGUUUUACAACACUACUUAAUUUAGCUUUUUGAAACGAGAACGUAUUUCGAAAUUUUGGUUGACAUUUCAUGAGUUAGCACAUCUACUGUACAUUAUGCCACUGUAAUGACUGUGCAACAAAUGAGUGCUUAGGAUAACGGUUUUGUUUGGAAACCUUAAAAUAACGCAUAAAACACUUCCACAUCUGAUUGCUUUUUUAAAAAGGAAGCAUAAGGUCUUUGUUGCUCUCUUAGGAGAAUGAGACCGUUUUCAAAUCUCAGCAAAUGUGCAACGUGCGAUUUCUUUUUAAGUGUAGUCAUGUUUUUAUUGCGGUUCUCGAUGUGGUUUGCACUUUUACUGCAAAAAAAGAAUUAAUGCAUUUUUGUGACACUGCGGUCAAGUUUGCUUAUCUUGUAAAGCCUCUAGCGAUGGUCCCAGAAAGACCCUAUUUUUUAGUUUUUCCACGAUUAUGUAUUCGUGGCUUUGGCUGCCGGUGUCUAAAUAAUUCGAGUUUGAUGGAAUGACAUGUUCUGUCAUAAAGGUGUUCCAUUUGCUCGAAGCAAGUAGAAACUGCCACAGGCACAAAUUAACGAGGAAGCUUUUUUACUGUCUGGUCCGGUUUUUAGGGGCAGAACAUGCGGAAGUAUGGCAACCUUCAAAGCAUGGAUGAUUUAACACUUGUUUUUGCCAGUCAAGUAGAAUCUUGUUUGUUGAGAGAAAAUUAAAAUGAUUGUGUCAUUGACACCUUCUCGUUUAUUUUCGCAGUGCCACAAAAUUACCAAAAAAUGAAGUUGCUCCAUUAACAAUGCUCCGAAGCGCAGACUUCUAUGUACUUUGGUUGUACCAGUUUGCAAUGUGCUUUCUAACAUUUUUCGCAGUUUCGUCAUACAAGGUGAGAUAUUGUCUUUAUUUACCUCAUCUAAUUAACCCCGAAGCUUUUGCCCUUACUACAAAUCAAAUACAACUAGGUAAAUGAUAUCAACUUUCACAAAAAGCAUUUUCUUGUCAGCGAAUGACAGAACGCAUGAAAACGAGAAGGAUGACUUUAUCUGCCAGUCAGGUAACGUCAACUAACUUAUAACGUUUCUUAGCGAUAAAUGGUACGCUUUUGCUAACGUUGUUGAGGAAUAGAUCAGUAAUAACACCAUCAACUAUUGAAUCGAAUGACGUAAACUGCGGCCGUAGUAUAUGAAAGUUGUGCAAAAAAGUUUUGUCGAAGUGAAAAGACACGUAGACUGGAGAGCUAAUUUCCUCUGACAUCUACCUGGACGACUGACUGAAUGUAAUGGUUCCUUUAGAUCUCGCAACGUUUCAAUAGUCAUUUCCUUUUGAACGACACCUUAUGAUUUGCGAUCGCUAUUCGAACACAUUAAAAAGUUGGUAUUAACAGCCGCAAACUAGUGCCUCAAAAUACUGUUCGAGUUUGACAAUUUGAUAUCACUUUGACACGGAACAUUGGGAAGCACAGAAGCUAGCAAAAUUGUCAGGAGCAACACAAAUAGGGCAUACGUUACUAUGUUCCUCGAAAUCUGUAAAUUUAUUAAGAACGUUCUCCGCAGAAAUACUAAGCUUCAAGAAUACAAAGUGACUGCAAAACCGCCUUUGCAGCUAUAAGGAUUAAACAAGAUAAGAUUGAACCAUGCUUGAUUUUGUAAGUGAAUCAUUUAUGGAAGGCGUUUAUAAUACAACUUACAAAAUCAGCAAGUCCAAUUAAACGUUUAGUAAUAAAUUGUGCUUGGCAUAAUAAGCACACAGUUACAAGUGCGAAAAUGCCCAUUUUUGCCUACGUUUACUGGUGCUACAACCAAGGACAGUCUUAGUAGAAUCAUGAAGAACGUGCUAAAUCACAGCAUGCCUCAGUCGAUUAAAAUGCCAAAUCUAUACCACAUUUUCUAUGACUCUGGCAGGUAAUUCUGCAGGUGCGUCAGGUUACAUUUGCCAAAAGUUCUCCCAGCGAUGACGCCUUGUGCCAGCCGUCCACCAUUCUCUGUCCAUCUCUGCUGUGAGAUGUAGUCGUCCUCUUCAGUUGCUUCGCGGUACGCAGCCGCACUUGGUUUAGACGUGCUCGUUAAGGCUACAUGGGCGUGAAGGGUGGCCAUUGUUCCGUAUUUUAACUUGCAGACCCACUGUUUAUUCAUUUUGGUGCCAUGUAAAGCUUAUCUACAAGGUCAACUCCAUUGUCUAUUGCAGCCAGUUGAAAAAAAGGUCUGUUCCGUUUUUAAACGACUCUUGCAUUUUCCUAGAAGAGCAUUGAUGUUGUUGGAAAGACUCAUUGUAUAUUGACAACAAAUAAUAAUGUUAGUUCUUUCAAACGCGAAUGGGGACACUGAAGAAAUAACGCCCGGCAUGGGUUAUCGAGGGAGAAAUCUGCAGAUAUGUUGGAAACAUCGCAUGUAUAUUAGUAAAUUAUUAAUGAAUUUUGUACUUGUUUAUGAUUUUAUCAGUUUAAAUUAAUAUUUUGUCCUACAUCCAACUAUCUCCUUUUUCAGAUGUUUGGAAUGUUAUACAUUGAAGACAAAUUCAUCGUGCAUCGUAUUUCGGAAUCUGCUGUGGCCUUUCUCAUAGCUGGAUACGCCUUCUGGAGUCUGCUAACUUCUCAACUGUCCUAUAAGGUUUGCCCGCUUUUCUAUUAGAUUACAUGUGCUGAAAAAGCUCGACGACGCCGGGGCAAAAACAGUUUUCUAAUAUGAAGAUUUUCUAACAAUUUUCAUUAUUGGUUUUACAAAGAUUAACCCUAUAAACCCCAGUGCAAUGUGCAAAUUACAAGAAUGAGAUUUAAUUUAAAUACCAAUUAAUGCUCUCCUUACAUUUAAACAUUUAGGACCACGGGAGCCUUUGCUACUUAAGAAUAACCUAAAAUAACUGUUUAGUCUGUAGCUUAUAAUUAGGGAAGGAUGUGUUUGAAUUCGAUAUCAUCGUCAACUAAUGGCAUUUAACUUUCCGCAAUCUGGGGAAUUCUUCCCGGAAUAAUAAUUAAAGGUCCCUUCCUUACAGCACAAAAAACUUUUUCAAUCCAGGCAGGCUCGACAGUGUAUGAUGAAAGUAGCCGGAUGAGCCGGCAAUUUGGUUUAUCAUAUGUUUGUACGGAAACGUUACUCGAAACAGUAGGCAAGUGAAGGAUUAGCGUACUUAUCUUGAUCCCGGCGGUUCAAGAUCGUUCACGUAUUGCCAUGCAGUUCGGAAUCUAUACCAAAAGUAUCUCCAUAGUUAGUAUUGGUCAAAAGAUAAGAGAGAAGGGUGGGCGUUGUGUUCAGCUGAUUCAUUUCCUUACUCGUAUAGCAGUAUGCCUGAAAAAUACAUACUUUUAUACCGUCAAGAAAAUUAGCAAGUAUUUCUUUUGCGUUCCAACACGUUUUAUGCACGUCAACUUUCGAACGAAAACCAUGCUCGUCCGAGGUGGAGAGAGAGGAAAAGGCUUUAAUCAGAGAGUUAUGCCGAAGCUCCAGGCAUAAAGUGGUGUUCAUGGCUAUGUUAGCUGACUACUAGCUAAAGGCGAGCCUUCUAUGUAUGCAUAAAAUAAUGUUACUUCCACGAUUUUUACGCUCACGCCAGCACAGCAGAUAGGCGUAGCCUGGGACAGCCAGUACGGCGUGCCAGCACGAAUGAGAUCAAUCGCAGUGAUGCCAUCCACUUUUCUGCAUUCGCACACGGCUCACGUUUGGCUAACAAAUAUUCAAAAUAACCAUGGAAUCUGCUGGAACCAUCUCGUCCAACAGAAGGAGUUAUUUUACGUUCAGAACGUUGGAAUCACAAACUUUCCGUCUCCUUAAUCCCCUUUUAGCACCCCCCCACUUAGAAGCACGGCGCGUAGCCUUGCCCUUUCUGAUACAUCUCCUUGGGUUUAAAAUAUUUUAAUAUUACUAUCUCCUUUUACUGAUGGAUGAAAGGGAUGUUGCCAUUCUGAACAGUAGUUGUUGGUUUGAUCUACUCGUACUUUCUGCUAAUGCGUAUUCCACUAGAUGUCUGUCGUGAUCUUUUUUAAGUUUUCACAGCUUCUGAUGCUCAUUGUUUGGGGCUCGUCAAUCGCUACACUUCCCACACUAAUGGCAACUGACAAAUCCGAGGUCUUCUACGCAAUUGCCAUUUUCAUUUUACAUAUUUGUCUGGCAGGACAGGUUGUAUUCACUCUAACUGCCACUUUCAAACUCUUCGGAACCAACUUUUUCGCCAUCAAUCUCGCUUUGAUCACAUCUGCAGAGGUAUCGCCAGUUCAAUGGCUUUGUGAAAAAAACUUGAAAAUGGCAUAAGUUUAUGAUUUUUAUGCACUACACAUGUUCAUCGGAAAAGAAAUAAUUUGCUCUUGCUACUUCAAAUUAGACAUUUUUGAAGUCGGUGCCACGGAGUCACAAGAAUGCCUUAGUUUUAAAAAUAAGCAAACCGCAUUAGAAUGCAGAGUAUUCACGGGCUAGUUUAUUCUUUGUAACAGCCAGUCAAACGCCAAAUGGUUUUUUGGACAAAACCCAUGAUGCCAGUUAAAUGAAGAUCAAGAGUGUGAGAAAUGCUGAUUAAAACAGCUGAAUCUGCGCGCAUUGCUGGAUGUUCAGAGUCAAAAUAGAAGGAGGAAUUUACAUUCUUGCAUGUAUUUUAGUAGAUGCGAAUGGUAGUUUGAGUAAAAAUGUAACUGUAUAUUUAAACUAGUUUCCUUUAAACAAAAUAUUGAGACGUGCACCCGGAGCCUUUAAAACUCAGAAAGUGAUUAUAUGAAAGAUCAUAUGACAUACAUUCAUUCCUUCGCAUACCCUAUUUGACAUUUUUUGCCUAGGUUCCUGGCGGCAUUAUAUUUGAUAUAUUGGCAACUGAAUUGCAACUGAAUAAACACAUGUACGGUGGUCUCUAUGUUGCUGUCGCAGUUAUCGGCUGUGGUGCGUCCGGUUUUCCUUCUUUAAGUUCAUAUUUUUCGCGAAGAAAUAUACUUUUAUAUAAGAAAGCUAAUGAGGAUGUAUUUCCAUUGCUUCACACCUUUUAAAUCAAAACGACUUUGUACAAUCGUUAGAUCUUUCAGAAGAGUAACUAUAGAGUGAAACGAGGAGGAGGACGUCGAAUUAUUCCGUAAUCUUAUAUAACGACUCACACAAAAAGAUACAAAUGAAAAUUUGAAACCUGGUUCCAACUACUAAUUCUCCUGUAGAUAUUUUCCAACCAGCAGAGUGCACUUUCUCUUCUUAGUUAUGUGGUUAAAAUUAGAUGUUGAAUACUUGUCUGCAUAAUCAGUAUUUUUUUUAAAACACUAAUGAAAAGCGCGAUAUGGUUGACUACCGAAAUUUUCCUGAUUUGUUGGUUAACUCGGGUUCUAGCACAUGUUUUGAUGCUUGUUAAGAGCAAAACAGGGCUGUUGACUGCAAGUAUGGAGAAGCCUGUCGAAUAAAACAAUGAAAGUUCUUAUAAUUCAGAAGAAUAUUUGAGCAAAAAUAGAAUAAGGUCACACUUAGCAAUCAACCUGGAUCACCGCACACAACUGGUUGAUGUCUGUAAUUGCCCGAUCUCCCCCCUGCGGUAUAUCCUUUGCAAACCUACCGCCACGCUGAACUAAUUCAAGCGCAGGCCACCAUCCCUGUGCCUACCACGUUGUGGAGCACACGGCCUACAUCGAGUCAUGUAAUGGUCAAAAUGUUAAUGCGCAUUACGUUCCCAGUAUUAAACUCGCCACCCCAGGGCUUUCCCAAAACUAUCCAAGCAUAACCAUUACUCAUAUGUAGAUACACACUGAGUCGAGGUUUUUAUGCACAACGUAAAAAGUGAUAGUACUAAUUUCAAACCCUACAUUAUAAAACUGAGAGCAAAAUAAUUGCUUUCACUGGCACGCCAAACGAGAGCGGAAAUAACUGACCUAGCGUGAUUGCGGAGUGGCCACAUAGAACUCUUGUGCUACCUUUGGGUACUUCAAAUCAUAGCCAACGACUUACGAUCCGACAGCUUUAGUGACCGGACGUUUAGCUGAAAGCAAGAUGGCGAGCUGAACCCGAGUUCUAAUCUCAUGUCUGGUCGGCUUCUGUCUGGAGUACGGCUGGCAGAUUGCAACGAAUAAGCCAUAAAUAUCCAUUCCAGUGGCCCUUUGUAUCAUUAGAAAUACUGUUCUCACAGCAAUAGGAUCUUUUCCACAUGUUACGUAGCCGGCGAAUGCACAGACAGUUUAUAUAUUAAUCGGGACUUUCAUCGACAGUGCGUCCCUAUGGGAAAGUUCUGCGUCCACAUUCCGCCACUACGCUUUAUCAACAUGAAUGAUUUAAAAGUAUAUCGAAUCACAAUUUAUUGCUCUACCUAUCUUUAGUCAGUGAUGACUGA